ACAGACAUCAACACUCUUGAAGUAUACUGGUACCUCGUGUCAUCCGUGAAGCGAGAGGCGUCUUACAACAUAAUCAACAUGAAAACCGGGCUGGCGCUGACAGCAAAGAAGUCCAGUUCAGGCGAGAAUGAAGUAUACAUGAAAACCUUGGAGGAGUUCGAUGAGAAUCAGCUCUGGGUUUUUCUCCCCGCGUCGUUCUUCUCAUUCGGGUUCUACCGUGUCCAGAAUUACAGUGCCAGAGUGGACCUGACGACCAAAGCGGUGGAAGAUGGGAACUCUGUCACCGCCAUCGUUCUUGGUGAUGGACCUGAGAUAUUCAACCUGCAGUGGCGAUUCAAAUUCAGCGUGGGCGACAGGCAAGGGAUUCCUCCUCCUUCCACGCCUUUCAGGCUCAUGAACUAUGAACAUAACAGGUUCGUCUUCGGCGAAGACAAAGUUUUGUUCCUGAGAGACACGAUCAACAAUUUCUUAGAGCAGCAGUUUAGGCUCGUGGCACCACCAUACCAAAAGUUGAAAGAAUUCGGCCAAGCCUACAUGAUCCAGAGCCUGCUGUCGCACGGGUAUGUGGCGGACUAUGGCGAAGCGGAUGGUAAAUUAAAGACACUGCAAUUGGCCGAGAGGGAUGUGGAGGAUGGGAGACAGUACUGGAUCAUCGUUCCUUCUAAGGAGUACGCUGGUGGUUUCCGGCUGCGAAAUGUUCAAACCCAAGGUUAUCUCCUGAACGGCCCCACGCACCUUGGCAACCAACUCAGCACCCUGGACAUCAUCAAAGAAUGGCCCGAUCAGGUCUGGAACUUCUCGCUAGUUCUUCCUGCUCUCGAGUAGCAGUCAAUGGUAUGAUCUGAUCGGGCCUGACCGACGGAGCUGCCGUGAACUGGAAGCCGUGGCGGCCUGUGUAUUUCCUUAAUGUCCUCACCGUGCUCAAUAUUGAAGCCGUGCAAAGUGAUGGUGAUUUGCGCUGCUGGGCUCUCGGUUGAGUUAGGACAUUGUUUUGAUUUGUUUGUACGAUCUUAAUACUCCUCCCUAUGCUCUUUUCAGCUUUGUGCUCUUCCUCCUCGUACCCUCGCCGAUCAUGUUGGUCCUCUUCAUGGAACCACAAGGUUAGCCAGCGUUAUGCGCUAGGAUGAUAAAUGGUACGGUCUGGCCAUUAUCAAUAACUAUCCAUGUUCAUAGUGCUGGAAAUAAGUACGUAGUCGGAACAGCCUGCCUCGAGUUGUGAAGCAUAAAUCCUUCACCAGCGUUUGAAUCUUAAAGUACGGAUUGACUCUUACAAUCG